AUGUUCUCCCUCAGAGCCCUGGCCCUGCUGACCGUCGCUCCCGCCGCCGCGGGCGAGGGCGUGCACAACCUGACCAUCUGCAACGGGUACGCGGAGAACCGACCCCUGAGCGUCUACACCGUCAACAGCAGGGCAAAGCUGACCGAGGAGCCCAUGCGCUACAAGCAGUGCAAGGCCAUCGCGAUGGAGCUGCAGGAGGGGGAGCGCCUGGACUUCAAGAUGGGGGGCCUCAGCGUGGGCGUCUUCCACGCCACGCACCUGCCAUUCGUCGCCUCGACGCUGGUGCUCGUCCCCUUCAAGAAGGGCAACCACUCCAUGGCCGCCACUUUCGCCUCCCACACCUUCGGGCCGGCCAGCGGCGACCGCGCGCAGGUCGCCGUCAUCGACGCCUACGCCGGGGACCAGCAGGGCGCGAUGAGGAUCCGCGUCGCCGGCAGGCAGGGCCAGCGCCUGGGCGCGGCGGAGCUCCGCCCAGGCUCCGCGGUGGCCCUGGACGAGAACACCUACGAGGUGAGCCUCACGAGCGAAGCCGAGCAGAGCACCCGGUCGGUGCCGCUGCGCGCCGCGGGCGGCAGCAGCCACGUGGUGCUCCGCGUCGGGUCCGAGGAGUUCUCCCAGGAGCUGCUCGUAAAGCCGGUGGGCUGGGCCGGGCCCGACGACCUGCAGGCGGCGGAGGACGAGCAGCGGCGCGAGAGCGGCGCGCUCCGCGCGGGCCUCGGCGGCGUCGCCGCCGCGGCGGCGGCGGCCGUCCUCUCCGCGUGA